AUGACCUCUUCAGCAAGUCAUUCCCCUUGUCCAAGUUCUUACACUCCUCCCAGUUCACCCAAGAGACUAAAGGUUGAAGGGGAUGACUUGAAGGGGUUUGGGGAUUCAAGACUAGGAUAUAACCUACCCACUGGAGUGGGUUUGGAUUCUUCUUAUCCAGCUGCAGCAUUAGCACAUUCCAUGUUUCAAGCUGCUGCUUCCAAUCCUGUAUUCCUGCUUCAUCAGGCCAAUGCUGCCUUCUCUUCUGGAGCUUUUGGGUCAGUGAGAAUGGGCACCCAGACAGCUUCCAAUUACUGGACCAAGAAACUCAGGUUAACCAUGGACAAAAUGCAGGGCAUGGGCUACUCAGCGCCCAUGCAGACCCCAGGCCCCACUGGCAUGACUGCCUGGCCCAGUACUGGGUACCUUAAUGGCAGUCCUAGUCCAGGUGCUGCAAGUGCAGCAGCAGCUGCUGCAGCUGUUGGCAAUGGCCUUUCUGGGUCCAAUAAGGACUCUGUGUUUGGACUACCAAAUACUGUUGCCUAUGACUUGUGUGUGGUCUGUGGUGACAGGGCAUCAGGGAGGCACUAUGGUGCAGUGAGCUGUGAAGGAUGCAAAGGAUUCUUCAAGAGGUCCAUCAGGAAGCAACUUGGAUACCAAUGCAGAGGCAACAAGGACUGCCAGGUGACCAAGCAUCACAGGAACAGAUGUCAGUUCUGUCGCUUGAGGAAAUGUCUGGCCAUGGGCAUGCGCAGUGACUGUAGGUCUGUGCAAUCAGAAAGGAAGCCUUUGGUGGAGAGUCAAGGGAAUGGUGGAAGAAGCAAAGGUGCCACCAGCAGAACCAGUUCUUACAGCACCUCUAACAUCCCAUCACCAGCUUCUGUGAAAUCUGAGUUUGUGGCUCCUGAUUCACCAUUCUCAGUUUAUAGCUCAGGAGGUGCUCCUCAAACUGUGCUGGACAGUCCUGACACUGUCAUUGACUUCACUCAUUCACACACCAAAACUCCAAGAUACAAGAGAAAUUUGGACAAUAGUGACCAGGCCUCAGAUGGUGACAGGAAUGAACCUCUGAGUGCAGAUGUGGAGAAUGACAAAUUUGACUUCAGCAAUGACACCAACUUACAUGAAGGGGAUGUUGGACAAGAAGAAGCUUUAGAUUACAAGAAAAGUCCUGGAAUUAGCAAAGAAAGGUCUGAGCAUUGGCACAGAUCAGGGACUGGAAUUGGCAACCCUGUGAUUGACCCCAACAACAACCCCAGGAGACACAGUCUGGCAGCCAGACAAAAGGUCUCCAGUUGUAUACCAAGUGUAGCUGCUGCUGUUGGGUAUCUUGACCUAAUUCAGCAAGUUAUUAAAACUGAUUUGCCAAUUGAGGACAUGGAAAUUGAACCUGAAGAAGUGCUGAAAUUUUUGGAUGAAGGCUCAACUGCCUUCACUGGGUCAGUUGUGUUCCAGGGCUCUUGGGCAAACACUGAUGCCCUGAGAAGCCCUGCAGUUUCUAUGGACAAUGACAGAAAUGAUUCCUGUCACCAGUCUCUAUAUCUGAAUGCCUUGCAUGUGAUCUGUGAGUGCUCCUCCAGGCUGCUGUUCUGCUCUGUCCAGUGGCUUGCCAAUUUGGCCUCCUUCUCUGCAAUGAGUGUUGAGAAUCAGGUGUCACUAGUGCAGGGCAACUGGUGUCCCUUGUUCCUGAUAGGUGUCACCCAAGUGAUGUCUUCCAAAGGGAGUGACUCAGGGGAUGAAAAGAACCCUGCAGACUUAUUGCUUCCAACUGUGGCACGCCUUCUUAUUCACCAGAGUAGUGUCAUUUCUGGAGAUGAUUCUGACAAGUUUAUUGAGGCAAAAAGCUUGUGGAAGUUACAUGGAUUGAUGAGAAGCUUGAAGAAAAUUGCCCCUGAUGCCAUUGAGUAUGACUACCUGAGAAUACUGACAACUUACACCCCAGCUUCCAUGGUGUUGGAGGAUGACAGAAAUUCAGUGGACUUGCUGAGGAAAGCUGCUCUCAAGGGUUUACACCUGCAUGAAGUCAAACAGGUUGAAAACAGCCCUGAUUCAGCCAUGAAGAAAGUUUCAGACUUGCUGGUGAUGAUUUCUGACCUGAGAAUGGUGGACCCAGAAGUUGUGCAUCAACUGUUUUUCUCUCCUCUUUUGGGGCAAAUACCAGUGGAAAACAUUGUGCCUUAUCUAUUAUCAUGUAAUUCGACCAUGGCUGGAUCAAAAGGUACAAAUACGUACAAUCGUCAAGGAUGGGAAGAUGCUGAAUUCCCUAUUCUGUGUCAAACGUGCCUCGGAGACAAUCCGUAUAUCAGAAUGACUAAAGAACGCUAUGGCAAGGAAUGUAAAAUCUGCACGCGUCCCUUCACCGUAUUUCGAUGGUGUCCGGGCUCCAGAAUGCGCUUUAAGAAAACGGAAUUGUGUCAGACGUGUGCGAAGCUCAAGAAUAUAUGUCAAACAUGUCUUCUUGAUCUUGAGUACGGCCUUCCAACUCAAGUUCGAGAUCAAGCUCUUGCGCUUGCUGACGACAUACCGAAGUCGGACGUGAAUAAGGACUUCUACAUUCAGAACGUGGAACGAGAGGAAUUCCCUAUUCUGUGUCAAACGUGCCUCGGAGACAAUCCGUAUAUCAGAAUGACUAAAGAACGCUAUGGCAAGGAAUGUAAAAUCUGCACGCGUCCCUUCACCGUAUUUCGAUGGUGUCCGGGCUCCAGAAUGCGCUUUAAGAAAACGGAAUUGUGUCAGACGUGUGCGAAGCUCAAGAAUAUAUGUCAAACAUGUCUUCUUGAUCUUGAGUACGGCCUUCCAACUCAAGUUCGAGAUCAAGCUCUUGCGCUUGCUGACGACAUACCGAAGUCGGACGUGAAUAAGGACUUCUACAUUCAGAACGUGGAACGAGAGUUGCAAGGUACUGACGGUACGGUGGCAGGCGGUAGUAUAGGCAAAGCUCAACAAACCAGCGACUUGUUGAUGAAACUCGCGCGAACAACUCCUUAUUACAAGCGCAACCGACCUCAUAUAUGUUCCUUCUGGGUCAAAGGAGAAUGUAAACGUGGUGAGGAAUGUCCGUACCGGCAUGAACAGCCUACUGAUCCGGACGAUCCUCUCAGCGACCAGAACAUCAAGGACCGGUAUUAUGGUGUAAAUGAUCCGGUUGCGGAUAAAUUGAUGCGACGCGCUGCUGCCAUGCCCAAACUUGAGGCUCCGGAGGAUAAGGGAGUUACGACGUUGUACAUCGGAAACUUGAGCGAGAAGAUCGGAGAGAAGGAAUUGCGGGAGCAUUUCUAUCAUUACGGUGAGAUUCGUACAAUCUCUGUCGUGCCGAAGCAAAUGUGCGCCUUCAUCACGUACACGACCCGCGAAGCCGCCGAACUCGCCGCGGAAAAAUCCUUCAACAAGGUCAUCAUCCACGGACGCCGUUUGGCCGUCAAAUGGGGCAAGUCCCAGGCGAAACAAACCCCGGUUUACGCCGAGGAGCAGCAACUGCCGACUCUGGAGCCCGUGCCGGGUUUGCCGCCAGCUUUGCCUCCGCCAGAUUUCUUCAACCUUGGGGCGCUACCAACUACUGCUGCUGCUGUUCCUCCCGGCGCCGCCAUGAUACCUGGCCCGAGUUACAUGCUACCUCCGCCACCGAUGGUGGCCGGAUUUGGGCCAGGGAUUCAUUAUCCGUCGCAGGAUCCGAAGCGGAUGGGCGCCACGUAGGAAUAUGAAGAGAGUAACUCGUGCGACAUUCUGGCUCUUCUGGGGACAAAUUCCUCCCUUUUUUGUUGCAAAAUCUUUCCAGGUGUUUCGUUGUUUUAUACUCGCCCGUCGUCGUGUCUCUUCACUGGAAUCUUUGUAGUUGUGUAAAAUGACAUUUCAACAAAAAGGUUGCUUUCUCAUCAACUGAGAGGGGCUUGUUUGACUGGAUAACGUCGUGCUGCCCGUCGCACCAUCAAAAACAAAUAUUUAAUAAUUCUUCGUUGAAUAAAACCUCAACAAACUUAAAUUGGGAUUUUGAAAGGGGCUUGUUUCUGAAAAGGUGCCCAACAGUCGAGGUUGGCAUCUCUCAGGAAUAGGACAUAUUCUGCGAAACACAAUUGAUCAUAGAAAAUGUUUUAAGAGCUUUUUUACAAUACUGAGACGUACGGGUUGACAGUGUACUUUCUUUGUUUCCUUCUUCUUUUAUUAAGCCUUGAUCGGCCGUUAUAUGGAUAAAAGCCAUAAUUUUCGGUCUCCGAAGGAAUAAAAACACGUGGAUUGAAGACAUGUACUGUAUGUCCGGUUGAUUGAGGAACUUUUCUGAUUGUAUGGUACAGUACAACGUAUUAGAGUCUGUUUCUGGAA